AUGUUCCGGCAUCAUAGAGGCCUUCAAGAUUUUCAGGGUCAAUUGGUCUCCGACAUAUUAAGGCUUGAGCAGCAGGCCUAUGCUAAUGUAGAGGAAGGGAUCAAUGUGCUUAGGGAAAGGAUUCGCCAUAAGAAAGUCCUGAUUCUUCUCGAUGAUGUCAACCACAUCAACCAGUUCAAAGCUCUGGCAGCAGACGUUAGUUGGUUUGGCCGAGGAAGCAGGAUCAACAUCACGACCAGAGAAAAGGGACUCUCGGAUCAAUUUAAAGUGCAAGAUUUGUAUGAAGUCGCAUUACUGGAAGAAAGUCAUGCUUUAGAGCUCUUCUGCAUGCACGCAUUCAGAGAUAAGUUGCCCAGACCUGACUUGGCCGAAGAAGCAUUGCAGAUCGUGAACAUAACUGGACGGCUUCCUCUAGCUCUUGAGGUUUUUUGGGAUCAUAUUUAUCUGUCUAUGGUGGAAGGAAGGAUAUGUGGCAUUACACAAUAG